GAUUGCCCCGAAUUCGUUUAAGCGAAGUAGGAAUUCCUCUCUCUGUCUCUCUAGUUUUCCAGGCGCGAGGACUUGAAGCUCGCCGAUGGAGAAGGCACAAUUUGGAAGCUUAAGCCCCUCAGGCUCCGUCUUCACUUUCCCUCCCCAUCGCCGAAGACACCUCAAGAGCGAAACCUUUUGCACGCUAGUUCGCAUUCUGUCUCAUUGCUAUGGCCCGAACCAAGGUUUUCAGUCCCAUCAAGUUGUUCAGGGCGAGCCAGUACAAGAUAAUGUUGAGAAGCAAUUUAGGCACGCUACUGAAGGACAAGUGCAUGGUGAACCAGUUGGUCUUAGCAUUAUGGAGCCUGAAGCCUUGGCAAGCAAGAGGGAUGCUCCCAGUUCUGAAGUUUUCAGGAUAGAUGAAUGUCUUAAUGGUGAUAGAAUGGAAACAGAUGAGUUUGACCAUGUAAAUAGGAUAGAUAGAGUACCCAUUCAGGUAGAUGGUAUUAAAUCUGUAAAAUCAUUGGAAGAUAAGAAUCUGGAUGGUAAUGAUGUUUCUUUGACAGUUAAUCAAGAAGGUCAAAGAAGUUUCCAUGAAAUUUAUAUGAAGGAAUCAGGAGAUGCAGGGCAAAUAAUAUUAGACAAGGAACAUAAUAGUUGUAUGGUUAAUGAAACUCUUGAUUUGCCUUUAGAUAUAGAUGGGAUUUCUGAGUCCUUGAAGCCUGAUGAAAAUGAUGGAGAAGGAAGUUCAUUGAUGCAGAGGAUUGUUUCAGAUGAAGUGGAGCAUGAAAUGCAGCUGAUGGAAUUGGAGAAGCCAGAAGCAAACUGUGGUGUGGUAAAUUCUUCUCCUUGUGUAACUGCAGAUAAAGAGAUUGAAGAAGGGGAAAUUUUAGGGAACUUUGGUGUUUUUGGUCAAUCGAUUGAUUUAUUGCUUGAAGAUGCUGCAUCAUCAGAAGAUAAGAAGGUUAAUGAGAAGAAACCUUCUGAAUCCAUUGUUAAUGAAGAAAAAUUAAUGUCUAAACAGAAACAAACAAAUCAAGAAGAUCUGGCACAUAAGAAUUUUCCGGAGACAGUCAAUCAUGUGGGUAAUGGAGUAGAAUUAGAACUGAAAGAAAACAAGAUGUCAGAGAUGGAAUGCAUGUCUGAAACGGUUGUUUUUCAGAAAAAUGGAGAGGCGAAAUUGGGAAAAGGUUUUGGCUCUUUACUAGAAACUGGAGAAACUGAGAAACAAGCGAAAAAAAUUAAUGAAGAGUUAAACCAUCCAGCAGUUGCUGUUCAAAUCUCAGGGGGAAAUGCUGCUGAAAUUCAAUGCGCUUUAUCCACUGGAAAGGAUGCUGGCAUUAGCAUAAAUCGAAAGCGGGGUUCUUCAAGCAAGAGCAAGAAAGAAAAGAAAAAGGAAAAGAAGAGAAUCAAACGUGCAGAAAAGAACAGACAGCUUGGUGUUAAAAGGUUAAAAAUCAGACCAGUAUUGAAGCCAAAAACAGUAUCGUAUUGCCGCCAUUAUAUCAAGGGAAGAUGCCAAGAGGGUCAGAACUGCAAAUUUUCACAUGACACCGUACCAUUGACGAAAUCCACUCCAUGUUGUCAUUUUGCACGUCACUCGUGCAUGAAAGGAGACGACUGUCCAUUUGACCAUCAACUGUCCAAGUAUCCCUGCAACAAUUAUUUGUCCAAAGGCUCUUGCAUCAGGGGCACCGAUUGUAUGUUUUCACAUGAGAUGCCACUAAUUGAAGGUUCCACCAGCACUAUAAGCAUUUCUAAAACUGAGUCAAUGUCUCAGUCCCUGCCAAGGGGUACGCAUUCUGUGAAGCAGUUGAACUCACAUAAUUCCUCUCAGCAGAAGGUUGCCUCAAAAUUUAGCUCCACUGUGAACUCUUCUUGUAAGAAUGCUGAACAGAAUGUAGUGGAGAGCAUACUUAAACCUGCUGCACAUGCACCCAACGGAAUAAGUAGGCUUUUGUUUGGAAAAUCAUCACUGGGCAAUCAGAAUAAGGUCAAUCAAGUCAGAUCAUGUCCCAAGCCUGAUGGUGGUGUCAAAGUUGGCAUCCCGUUCAUUUAUGGUCCACCAAGUAUGCCCCAAAACUCAAAUGAGACCACAAAGAUGACAUCUUCAAUGGAAUUGAAGGGAAUAAACUUCCUGUCACUGGGAAAAGCUCCACUGCAUGAUUCUAGUAAUGACAAAUCAUCUGGCAUAUCUUUGAGUAGGGAUUGUAGUGUUCAAAAAUCAACCUACAGUGACUCUAGCAAGGAUAAGCAAGCUGCCUCAUCUUCAAAGAUGAAUGAUGGUCUUAAAGUUGGUAACCUGGGGGAUCAAAACACAAGAGACAUGGUUCAUAACUCGAGUGAGAUGCCAAAGAGAACACUUGCAGUGCCACCACGAGGAAUAAACUUUCUUUCAUAUGGCAAAACUCCAUUAGGUGACUCCAGUGAUGUGAAGCUGGCUAGUGUACCUUCCAAUAGGGAUAAUGAGGUUGUGUUGCCUGUUCAAACAAGCGACAUUAAACUUCAGGUCGCUACUUCAAGACCACGUGGACUAUUAUCUUCUGUUUGUUCAGGUCAAUCUCUGAAUCCUUUGGCAGAUGAGCAUGGUAAAGAGUCACCAAGUUCAUCCCUCAAGGCACUUUUAUCAAGUACGCAAAACUCAGCUCAGAAGUCCCGUCUUGCAAACAUGCCAAACUCUGCACAAAAGGCACUCCGGUCAACGUUAGCUUUUGCAUCUAAGUAUGAGUCUACCAUCAAGAUGAAUUUCCCGGCUGUCAGUGCUGACUUAAAUAGAGAAGGCGGCGGCGGCAGUAGUUCUGGAAGUAAAUCAAGGGAGUUGACUAUUCUUGAUUUCUUGUAUGGUGACAAUAGUAAAAUCAAACAAUAAAGAGGGGAUUGCAUUAUUGCCAAUGGCAGAUCCCUGUGGUUGCUAAUGUCGUUUCUUGAUCGCGGCAACCAGGCAAGUAUUAUUUUCCUGUACCACAAAUCGUUAUUUAUUUACCGAAUUUUUAGUGCUUAUCAUACUUGGCAGCUGUUUUUUUGUCCAAAGGGUUCUUCCUGUAAUUUUUUCUGGGAAUGGAUCACAAAGCUGCGAGUUCUGAAUUAAGGGCAAUCCCCUGCCCCUCAAUCUGUGAAGUUAUUGACAUUUUUAUUAA